CACCAACCCACAGGAGGAGCAAAAGCAGCAAUUUCAUGCCACGCUCAGCGAAAGCAGUCGACAGCAGCAACAACAGCAAUAUGUAGGCGCUCCACAGCAGCAACACAUGAAAUACAGGCAAGAACAGCAGCAACAACAACUACUUCAACAAACCCCAACAACAAGAUAAACCAAUAUAUAUCCUAAAAACAACACAACAACAUCCUUAAGAUAUAAAAGCCAGGGCAGGAGCAACGCCACAACGAUCGCCUGGAUCUGGACACAAGAAUGCAGCACGUGAGCGCUGCCAGCUCGGUGCCAUCGGUAGUAGCCCCUGUUGUGACCACUGGUGGGACGACGAUCACUUUGGGCGGCCCACCGCCGCUCCCCAAAUCGGAGCACAAAGAGGAUGGCAAGCCACCCCACGGCAUUGAAAUGUACAAGGUGAACAUCGAGGACAUUUCGCAGCUUUUUACUUACCACGAGGUCUUUGGCAAGAUCCACGGCGAUGUGGUCAAUCAUCAAUUGGCGGCGGCCCAUGGAGGUCAGUUGCCACCACCUCCACCGCUACCGCCACAGGUCAGCAGUCAUGCGGCGAGUGCAGCAGCAGCCGCAGCAGCAGCAUCCACUAACAAUGCCGCCGUGGCAGCGGCAAUGGCAUCAGCGAAUGCAGCAGCGGUCGCGGCGGCAGCUGCAUCGGCGGGGGGACUACCGCCGGCCACCAGCGGCAAUGGAGGCCAGCAGGUGACGGUGACGACGACCAGCAGCUCGACAAGCAGCGGCGGGAGCACCACCAGUGGGGGCACCACGACCACGGCGGGUGAGUUGCUUAUGCCUAAAAUGGAGGGCGGCAUUCAUGGCGUGGACGGCAGCGGCAAUGGCGGCGGGCAGAACGUGGCGCUGGCGCCGGACGGUACGCCCAUUGCGACGGGGACGCACGUCUGCGACAUUUGCGGCAAGAUGUUCCAGUUCCGGUACCAGCUGAUCGUGCACCGACGCUACCACAGCGAACGGAAGCCGUUCAUGUGCCAGGUGUGCGGCCAGGGGUUCACCACGUCGCAGGAUUUGACGCGCCACGGCAAGAUUCACAUUGGCGGGCCCAUGUUCACCUGUAUCGUGUGCUUCAAUGUGUUCGCGAACAAUACGAGCCUGGAGCGGCACAUGAAACGGCACUCGACGGACAAACCGUUCGCCUGCACCAUUUGCCAAAAGACCUUUGCCCGCAAAGAGCACCUGGACAAUCACUUCCGCUCGCACACGGGCGAAACGCCCUUUCGUUGCCAGUACUGCGCCAAGACGUUCACGCGCAAGGAGCACAUGGUCAACCAUGUGCGCAAACACACGGGUGAGACGCCACAUCGUUGCGAUAUUUGUAAGAAGUCCUUUACGCGCAAGGAACACUAUGUUAACCACUACAUGUGGCACACUGGUCAAACGCCGCACCAGUGCGAUGUCUGCGGCAAGAAAUAUACGCGCAAGGAGCACCUAGCCAACCAUAUGCGAUCCCACACCAACGAGACGCCGUUCCGUUGCGAGAUCUGCGGCAAAAGCUUUAGCCGCAAGGAGCACUUCACCAAUCACAUACUUUGGCAUACAGGCGAGACGCCGCACAGGUGCGACUUCUGCUCCAAGACGUUUACGCGCAAGGAGCACUUGCUAAACCACGUGCGCCAGCACACGGGAGAGUCGCCGCACCGCUGCUCCUACUGCAUGAAGACGUUCACGCGCAAGGAGCACCUGGUCAACCACAUACGCCAGCACACGGGUGAGACACCGUUCAAGUGCACGUACUGCACGAAAGCGUUCACGCGCAAAGAUCACAUGGUUAAUCAUGUACGGCAACAUACAGGCGAGUCGCCGCACAAGUGCACGUACUGCACUAAGACGUUCACGCGCAAGGAGCACCUGACGAACCAUGUGCGCCAGCACACGGGCGACUCCCCGCACCGCUGCUCCUACUGCAAGAAGACGUUUACGCGGAAGGAGCACCUGACGAACCAUGUGCGCCUCCACACGGGCGACUCGCCGCACAAGUGCGAGUACUGCCAGAAGACGUUUACACGGAAGGAGCACCUCAACAACCACAUGCGCCAGCAUUCGAGUGACAAUCCGCAUUGCUGCAAUGUUUGCAACAAGCCGUUUACGCGCAAGGAGCACCUGAUCAACCAUAUGUCGCGGUGCCACACCGGCGACCGGCCCUUCACCUGCGAGACGUGCGGCAAGUCGUUCCCGCUCAAGGGCAAUCUUCUCUUCCAUCAGCGCAGCCACACCAAGGGUCAGGAGAUGGAGCGGCCCUUCGCCUGCGAGAAAUGUCCCAAGAACUUCAUCUGCAAAGGUCACUUGGUCUCGCACAUGCGCUCCCAUUCGGGUGAGAAACCGCACGCGUGCACUCUGUGCAGCAAGGCGUUCGUCGAGCGCGGCAAUUUGAAGCGCCACAUGAAGAUGAAUCACCCGGAUGCUAUGAUGCCGCCACCACCCGUGCAUCCGCAUCCGCAAAUACCGGCUGGUGUGCUGACGCAAGUCAAGCAGGAAGUGAAACCGAUCAUAAUCCCCCACCACUCGGCGACCACCACGAUGCACACCAUCCAGCAGAUCACGGCGGGAGCGGCGGGCGGAGCCGGUGCAGUGCAGCUUACCCCAGGCCUGGUGCCCCUGGUCACCUCCACGCUCAUCUCGCAUAAUGCGGUUGCCCAGCAGCAGUCGCAGAAACAGCAAGCCGCCGCAGCUGCAGCAGCCCAGCAACAGGCCGCCGCAGCAGCUGCUGCCCAACAGCAAGCAGCCCAGCAACAGGCGGCUGCUGCACAUCAGCAGCAUCAGCAACAAGUAGCCGCCCAGCAUCAGCAACAGGCCGCAGUGGCUGCCCAUCAGCAGCAGCAACAGCAGUUGCAGCAGCAGCAACAACUGCUGCAGUUGUCCAUCCAGCAGGCAGCUCACCAUCAUCAGCAGGAGCAGCAUCGCCAACAACAGCAACAGCAACAUCAGCAGCAACAACAACAGCAACAUCAUCAGCAGCAACAGCAGGGUCACCCUCAGGCCCCGCCGCCGCAGCAGCAACAGCAGCCGCCGCCCAUCGCCCUGAUCAGCGAUCCAAGUGCUCUGGCACGCGCGGCUAUUCAGCUACAGCAUCUGCCUGCGAACGUGGAACAGCACCCUGUUGUUUACUAACAGUAGCCCCUCCUGCACGGCUACACUCCCACCACAGCCCACUCCAGCAGCACGACCAGCACCUCCAUAGCCGCAACAGCGGCCGCGG